AUGGAUCAAGAGGGAUUAAAACCAAUGUUUGAUGUAAAUAUAUAUGGUAGAAUUUCAGUAUUAAAAUUAUUUUCAGCAGGUGGUAAACAAGAUUAUUUAUUUAUAUCAACAGAAAGUUUCAAGUUUUGUAUAUUAGCAUAUGACAGCGAAAAAAAAGAGAUUGUAACAAAAGCUUCAGGAAAUGCAGAGGAUACUAUUGGCAGACCAACAGAGGCAGGUCAAUUGGGCAUUAUCGAUCCAGAUGGCAGAUUAAUUGCACUUCAUCUAUAUGAAGGUUUAUUAAAGUUAAUAAAUAUUGAAAAAGGAUUAAACAACCCAAUUCAAAAGACUGCAGCAAAUACACGUUUGGAAGAGUUACAAGUAAUGGAUAUGACAUUUUUAUAUGGUUGCAAAAUUCCCACCAUUGCGGUACUUUUUAAAGAUACAAAAGAUGAAAAACAUAUUGUAACCUACGAAGUCUCCCAAAAAGAUCAAGAACUAUGCCCAGGUCCAUGGUCUCAAAGUAAUGUUGGUGUUUAUAGUUCAAUGUUGGUUGCUGUUCCAUUAGGUGGUGUUUUAGUUGUCGCAGAUAAUGGUAUAACCUAUAUGAAUGGUCGUACUACUCGUUCAAUUGCAAUUCCAUAUACCAAAUUUUUAGCAUACGAUCGUGUAGAUAAAGAUGGAUCUCGUUAUUUAUUUGGUGAUCAUUUCGGUCGUCUUUCUGUAUUAGUAUUAUUGAACCAUCAACAACGUGUAACUGAAUUAAAAUUUGAAACACUUGGUCGUACAAGUAUCCCAAGUUCAAUUAGUUAUUUAGACAGUGGUGUAGUUUUUAUUGGUAGUAGUUCUGGCGAUUCUCAAUUAAUUCGUUUAAACACAGAAAAAGAUCCAGCCACCGAUAGUUAUAUUAGCCAUUUAGAAAACUUUACAAACAUUGGUCCAAUCGUUGACUUUUGUUUAGUCGAUACAGAGAAGCAAGGUCAAGCCCAAAUCGUCACAUGCUCAGGUACCUAUAGAGAUGGAACAUUAAGAGUUAUUAGAAACGGUAUUGGUAUUGCAGAGAAAGCAUUAAUCGAGCUUGAAGGUGUUAAAGGAUUAUGGCCCAUCAAAGAAAAUGAUCCUUCAGAUCCAUUAAAUCCAAAAGAUCAAUAUUUGAUCGUAUCAUUUAUUGGCUAUACCAAAGUAUUACAAUUCCAAGGCGAAGAAAUUGAAGAAACUGAAUUUGAAGGUUUAGAUUCAAACUCAUCAACUAUUUUAUGCUCCAAUAUCGAUAAAGAAAAUGUUAUUGUUCAAGUUACCAAUCAAGCAAUCAAUUUGAUCAAUCCUAUCACAUUUAAACGUGUUGAUCAAUGGAAAUCUCCAAGUGGAUCACCAAUUAAUUUAGUAUCAAGUAAUCAAUCUCAAAUUGCCCUUUCAAUCGGUAAAUCAUUAUACUAUUUCGAAAUCAAUGAGCAAUCUCGUAUCGAAUUAAUUAAAGAGAUUGAACUACCACACGAAAUUUCUUGUAUUGAUAUUUCGCCAUUGGAUAGCUUCAUGGAUUCACGAUCCCAAAUUUGUGCAGUAGGUUUAUGGACCGAUAUUACUUUACGUCUUUUCAAAUUACCAACAUUAGAAGAGAUUCACAAAGAACCAUUGGGUGGUGAAAUUAUACCAAGAAGUAUUUUAAUGAUCUCUUUUGAGGGUAUAGAUUAUAUAUUUUGUUCAUUAGGCGAUGGCCACUUAUUUAAAUUUAAAAUCGAUAUAGCAAAUAAUUGGAAAUUAUUUGAUAAAAGAAAAUUAACUUUAGGUACACAACCAAUUAUAUUAAAAAAGUUUAAAUUAAAAAAUACUAUAAAUAUUUUUGCAUUAUCAGAUAGACCAACUGUAAUUUAUAGUAAUAAUAAAAAAUUAUUUUAUUCAGUUGUAAAUUUAAAAGAGGUCACUAAUGUUACAUCAUUCAACUCUGAUGCUUUCCCAGGUUCAAUGGCAAUUUCAUCAGAAUCAUCAUUGAUUAUUGGCACCAUUGAUGAAAUUCAAAAACUUCAUAUUAAAACUAUAUCAUUAAAUGGUGAAAUGGCAAGAAGAAUUGUCCACUUGGAAGAAUAUUCAUGCUAUGCAGUUAUUACAAUCAAAACUAAUGAAGAUAUUAUAAGUGGAAAUGGAGAAAAUGCUACAACUAUUGAUGAGGUUGAAGAGGAGGUAUCCUAUGUACGUUUGUUUGAUGACCAAACAUUCGAACCAUUAUCAUCAUUUAGAUUAGAACACUACGAAAUGGGAUGGUCACUAACCUCAACCAAAUUUGAUGAUGACCCAUGUACAUAUUUAGCAGUUGGUACAUCAAUCAACAUACCGGAUCGUCAAACAAGUGGUCGUGUAUUAUUAUUCAAUAUUAAUGAAGCCAAGAAAUUGGUAUUAUUAGAAGAAAUUAGUUUUAGAAGUGGAGUACUCUAUUUACACCAAUUUAAUGGUCGUCUUAUUGCAGCAGUCCUCAAGAGGUUAUAUUCCAUCAGAUAUAGUUACUCAAAAGAAAAGAAUUGUAAAGUAAUUUCAAGUGAAAAUGUACAUAAAGGCCAUACUAUGAUCCUUAAAUUAGCCUCUAGAGGUCAUUUCAUGUUGGUUGGUGAUAUGAUGAAGUCGAUGAGUUUACUAGGUCAAUCUGAAAAUGGAUCAUUGGUUCAAAUUGCCAAAAACCCACAGCCAAUUUGGAUUCGUUCAAUCGCUAUGAUUAAUGAUGAUUAUUUUAUUGGUUCAGAAACUAGCAAUAAUUUCGUAGUAGUCAAAAAGAAUAACGACUCAACCAAUGAAUUAGAAAGAGAACUAUUAGAUAGUGUUGGUCAUUAUCAUAUUGGUGAAAGUAUAAACUCUAUGCUUUGUGGUUCAUUAGUACGUUUACCAGACUCAGAUGCUCCCCCAAUUCCAACAAUACUCUAUGCCUCUGUUAAUGGUUCCAUUGGUGUCAUCGCUUCAAUUUCCAAAGAAGACUAUGAAUUUUUCUCAAAGUUACAAAAAGGUCUUAAUCGUGUAGUUAAUGGUAUAGGUGGAUUUACUCAUGAAUCUUGGAGAGCCUUUUCAAAUGAUCACCAUACAGUCGAAUCUCGUAAUUUCAUUGAUGGUGAUUUAAUUGAAAUGUUCCCAGAUCUCAAGAUUGAAUCAAUGGCAAAAGUAAUUCAAGAUAUGAAUGUAACUUUAGAUGAAACUUUAAAAAGAAUUGAAUCAUUAAUGCAAUACAUUCGUUAA